GCAAGAACUACACCCAUGUUCCUCUUCCUGAUUUAGCGUGUAUCUAACAUUUCCACUGUGCAAGAAGCUCUUUAAGGAAGAAGCAAUGUCAAGUGAAUGAAACUCAUUUAAACAGAUUGCUGUACUGCGUUCAACUGGUGAACAACCCUGAGGCCUUGUUGAAACCAGCAAAGAUCCAGAUGAAGGAGGUUUAAAGCACUGUUCCACCGGACAAAAUGGCAGGUCUAAAUUAUCAGCUGUUACCAGUUACAGUCAUUCUUGGUGCUGUUCAACUUAUUAGCGGUUACAGCUUCAACAACUGCAUUGAAGACCCAGGCUCAAACGGACAAAGUUUCAAGUGCAUCCGUCGAAAGGCUGAGGACAUGUUGGCUAUUAUAAACGACCUGCCCCAGUCAGCCAUCAAUCUCACGGUGUCCAUUAAUCCUGUGUGGCACAUUUCUGACAGGAGCUUCGCUCAUCUGCCAAACCUUACAAACCUCAGAAUAGAUUGUAAUAACUUGACUACCAUCGACCAAUUUGCUUUCCAAAAACUGCAUCAACUUCAGUCUCUGAAUAUGUCUUUUAACAAUAUAUCAGAGCUCAACCCUUCUCUCUUUCGGGACCUGCACAGCCUCACCUUUCUGUCACUGACAAAAAAUAACCUGAAACAGCUUCCCGAAGGAAUUUUCUUCACUGUUCUCAAUCUAAACAAGUUAAUCAUGAGACAAAACUUUCUGAAAAAUUUCUCGCGCAUUGCUGAGUCUGUGUCACAUCUAAAAAAUCUGAGUAUGCUAGACCUUUGCUUUAACAAAUUGACCUCCCUCGACCACUCAAACAUGUCACUACCCAAAUCCCUCACUACUUUAUACAUAUGUAGAAAUAAUCUGUCUACAUUAGGAUGUAAACACUCGUUUCUCAGAUUCAUCCAGGUACUAGAUUUGUCAUACAAUCCUUGGCUUCCAACAGUGGCCUUUCAAGGAGUGGAUUUAAGGCAUGUAAACUAUCUGCGUUUGCGGUCAACAAGUGUUAAGAUUGUGGAGUUUUUAAACAUCAGCAACAUCUAUGCAGGUCACAUCGAUUUCUCUGACACAGGUCUAAAAAAUGACACCUUGCUCAUCGAACUAUGCAAAUUAUUAAGGACAAAGAUGAAAAGGAUCAAAGAUUUGGACCUGACUAGUAAUAGGAUUGAGAAUCUGACAAACUGCACUGCACUGCACUAUUGUCCUGAAAUCACAGGGGCUCUGAAUCUAUCCCGCAACCAACUGAAAAGCACGAGUUGUCUUAAUUUUCUCAAGAGACAGACACAGAUAAAAUCAUUCAGUGCAGAGCAUAACCACCUGACCUCACUGCCAUCAUGUAAAAAACAAAAUGCAGUUAGUUUCCGAGAGCUGAAAGAGCUGAGCUAUCGUUACAAUCGUAUCCGCUCUGUAAACUUUUAUGCUUUCUAUCAUACACCAAAUAUCAAAACAUUAAAACUUAACAUAAACACGAUUGCUUUUCUCCAUCGUAAAGCUCUCAAAGGGCUAAAAAACCUUACAACACUCCGUUUGGACAAUAACCUCUUAACCGAUUUGUUCAACAACACCUUUGAAGAUCUUUUCAACCUGCAAACCCUUAACUUGCGCAACAAUCGUAUUUCUGUCAUCUUCAACGGGACUUUCUUCAGUCUCGGAAAUCUGACUACACUGGACCUAGGAGGUAAUAAGAUCACUCAUUUUGAGAAAUCUGGCCUUGAUGGACUAAAACGUCUGUCCAAAUUCUAUCUAGAUGGAAACAAUCUCAAAAAGAUCGACAUUUCGCUCCAUCAUGUAUUUCAAGACACACUAACAGUGCUUGAUUUACAAAGUAAUCAGAUUCGCUUCCUCAAAGAAGAUAUCUCUUAUUCACCAUUUAUGAAUCUCACAAAACUCAGAGAUCUGAAAUUGGAUGGACAACGGCCUUAUGGCCUCACCCUUUUACCCCACACUUUAUUCCGUGGUCUUCGCUCACUGAAAUCUCUGUAUCUCACCAACAAUAAGAUCUCUUAUCUUGCUCCUGAUGUCUUUAAUGAUCUGACAGGCUUAAAAUUCCUCACACUGGAUAACUGCUGUGUUGGGGUGGCACAAAUACAACCAGGAGUCUUUAAAAAUGUAAGAAAAUUGAACAAAUUGAUUGUAGAAAAUAUGGGAAUUCAGAACUUCUCGAAGGAGAUUUUUGGGAACCUUACACAGUUACGCACAAUCCAGCUCAAUCACAAUGUGAUGCAGACCAUCCGUGUCGAUGUACUAGAAAGUUUACCUAAACUCAAAUAUCUUGACAUACGUAAUGUUCCUUUAAGCUGUACCUGUGAGAACAACUUGUUGAAAAACUGGACAAUGAAUAACACAAAGGUUCAAGUGGUCUAUCUCUACAGUUUUCCGUGCCCACAUAACGCGAGUCUCAAAUUCUACAAGUUUGAUACCAACGUUUGUUACAUAAAUCUCGGAGAGUACCUGUUCUUCAGCACAGCACUUGCGAUCUUUCUGUUCACAGUCACUCCUUUGCUUUACGUCAAACUCUACUGGAAAAUUAAGUAUGGCUACUAUGUGUUCCGCUCUUGGUUUGGUGAGCACUGGCGCAGACUAAUAGAGGAGGAGGAAAAUUGCAAAUAUGAUGCAUUCAUUUCCUAUAAUUCCUCCGAUGAACAAUGGGUCAUGGACCAGUUGCUGCCCAACUUGGAGGGAAAGGGAUCAUCUUUCAAACUUUGCUUACAUCACAGGGACUUUGAGCCGGGCCGCGAUAUUGUGGACAACAUUGUCUCUGCUGUAUAUGGCAGCCGUAAAACUAUUUGUGUGGUGAGCAGGAAUUUCCUCAAAAGUGAGUGGUGUUCUCUGGAAAUCCAACUGGCCAGCUACCGACUGUUCGAUGAACACCGGGAUGUUCUCCUACUCGUGUUUCUGGAGCCAAUCUCUGAGAGGCAGCUGUCGUCGUAUCACCGCAUGAGGAAAGUGAUGUUGAAAAAGACUUAUCUGCAGUGGCCUGGCUCAGACUGCACUGACCCGAUGCAGGCCCAAGACCUGUUUUGGAAUCAGCUACGUAGGGCAAUAAGGACGGGGAGCCGAGUUGAAACAGAAGAAAAUAGCACAAGUGAAGUUUGUGCAAUUGAAAACAAGGAAACUGAACAUUUUGAGACUCACAUAUCAGAUGAAAACAAUUACUUGUUACCUUAAAAAGAUUUGACAAUUUAAUUUAUGUCAUCAAGGUAAAUGUUGAUGUUCAUGUUAAAUGAAUUACCAAAUUCUCUACUGCAGUGAGAGAGAGCGAUGAAAAUAUUGUGUAAAAGUAGUGUGAUGCACUCUAGGAUUAAUAAUAAUGUCAUCAUUUAUAGAAGCAUGAAUCAGAAAUGCAAUUUAUUAUCUUGUGCUCAGUGUAAUUGUAUAUUUAGCUAUGCUUUAUACUGCAUGUCUCUAUUGCACAUUUGUACAAAGAUGUUUUUUUUUUUAUUAUUAUUAUUUAAAUGUAGACCACAUGCACAACAAAAUAUCAAACUGCUUUAACAAUAGCAUAUUCCUAACUAAAACUUCUCGGUCUGUCAAGAAUUUCCCAUUCUAGCAUCUUUGUGCUGAAGAAGAUAUGUAUUAAUACACAAUUCUGUAUAUUAAAAAAUGCUUUGAGGAUGCAAA